UCCAAACUUGUUGUUGACCAAUCAAGACCAUGGGAACUCAAAAUCCUCGUACCUGGUCGGAGCUCCCUCCUGAUUUGCUGGAAUCAAUUUACAAUCGACUAAGCUUUACUGAUUUCCACCGCGCCAAGCUCGUGUGUUGGAACUGGAAUUUGAGUUCGAAGCUAACAGUUCCCAAGAAAAUCAGAUCUCCAUGGCUGUUGCUGUUUCCUGAAGACGACGAAGACGAAGAAGAUGGUUCUGGUUCUGUGCUGCUGUUCAGUCCAGAAGAAGAAGAAAGAACUUACAGAACAAAGAGAGACUUUUCAGGGAAUCGAUUCCUUGCAAACUCAGGUAAAUGGUUUCUAGUGAUAGAUUCUCGAUUCAAUCUCUAUAUAAUCGAUGUGUUUAGCGAGACUAGGAUCGAUCUUCCCCAUCUAGAAGAGUCUCUCUUAGAUAAAGAGGAAUCCGAAGACUUAAGGGGUCUUUUGUGGGUUGACGAGAAGACGGCAGAGUACGUUGUAGUCUUGUUCUUCAACUUCCCUAGCGGUAAUGUUGGCUUUUGCAAAAAAGGUGAUGAUCAUUACACUAAAAUCCCGCUGCAUUGCGGUGUACCAUGGAGGUUAGAAGGCUUAACCGAUGCGGUACUCUUUGGUUACCGUCUUUACAUGCGCACGCAGCUUAGCUACAUUCGGAUCCUAGAUUUGUCUAAACAACAAGGUUACGAGGAUGUUAACAAGUUUGAACCAUUCCAACUGUUUUCUUCCACUCAAGACUGUAGCAUUGCGGUUACAAGAAGAGGAGAGGUUUUGCUGGUCAAGAGCAUCCUUGAAAACACUAACAUUGUAAGCUUCUCCAUCUGUAAGGAUAUAGACUACAAUCCGCAAGAAGAGGUUGAUUCUUUAGAGGCGAAAACAAAAAUGUCGUUGACCAAUCAGCUCUCUUCUCCAAUGAUUUCAUCAUCAUCUUCUUCUUCCACAUUCUUAUUAGUACCUUCAUAUCUACAUGCCAGACCUCGAAAUGCAUCUCUUCCAAUGGCUAAAAGGGCCAGUUCGAUCAAAUGCGAGGCUUCUCAAUCAGAAAAGAUUGAGUACAAAACAAGUGUUUCAAGGAAUUCAAACAUGUCCAAACUCCAAGCUGGGUAUCUUUUUCCAGAGAUUGCUAGAAGAAGAUCUGCACAUUUGGUGAAAUACCCAGAUGCACAAAUUAUAAGUCUUGGAAUAGGUGACACUACUGAGCCCAUUCCUGAAGUCAUUACUUCUGCUAUUGCAAAAAAAGCUCAUGAGUUGUCCACAAUAGAGGGUUACAGUGGUUAUGGUGCUGAACAAGGUGCAAAGCCACUGCGAUCUGCAAUUGCUAAAACAUUCUACGGUGGCCUAACCAUAGGGGAUGAUGACAUUUUUGUCUCUGAUGGUGCUAAAUGUGACAUAUCACGUCUCCAGGUUAUGUUUGGUUCCAAUGUUACAAUUGCUGUCCAGGAUCCUUCGUACCCGGCUUAUGUCGACUCUAGUGUUAUUAUGGGUCAGACAGGGCAAUUUAAUACCGAUGUCCAAAAGUAUAAGAACAUCGAGUACAUGAGAUGCACUCCAGAGAAUGGUUUCUUUCCUGACUUAUCCACUGUUGGUCGAACGGAUAUAAUAUUUUUCUGUUCCCCAAACAAUCCUACUGGUGCUGCUGCCACAAGAGAGCAACUAACACAGUUGGUUCAGUUUGCAAAGAAGAACGGAUCAAUUAUAGUGUAUGAUUCUGCAUAUGCAAUGUACAUGUCUGAUGACAACCCGCACUCCAUCUAUGAAAUCCCCGGAGCUGAGGAGGUGGCGAUUGAGACAUCUUCUUUCAGCAAAUAUGCAGGUUUUACUGGAGUGAGACUUGGUUGGACUGUGAUCCCAAAACAACUGCUGUACUCUGAUGGAUUCCCCGUUGCUAAAGACUUCAAUCGUAUAGUCUGUACCAGCUUCAACGGUGCCUCUAACCUCUCCCAAGCUGGUGGACUUGCUUGCCUCUCCCCUGAAGGGCUUGAGGCAAUGCGCAAAGUGAUUGGAUUCUAUAAGGAAAACACCAACAUAAUCAUCGACACAUUCACUUCGCUAGGCUACAAUGUGUAUGGAGGGAGGAAUGCACCGUAUGUUUGGGUAGAGUUCCCGAAACAGAGUUCAUGGGAUGUGUUCUCAGAGAUUCUAGAGAAGACACAUGUGGUUACAACGCCUGGGAGUGGGUUCGGACCAGGAGGUGAAGGGUUUGUUCGUGUUAGUGCCUUUGGACACAGAGACAACAUAUUAGAGGCAUGCAGAAGAUUCAGACAGCUCUACAAAUGAGGAAACAUUAAUCAUCCCAAUCUAUUAAGAAUUUAAAAUCAAUCAAGCUAAAGUUGUAGAUUUUUAAUAAAAUUUGUUGGAUAUGAGACUCUUCAUUCCUUUAACAAAUAAUGUCUAUUUAAAAGUAUACAUGCAUUUUUUUUUCA